GCGGCCGCCGCGCGAAGGCCGCCCCGCCCGGCCGCGCUGAGGGACGGAGCGGGCUCGGCGGUACCAGGGCGGCCGCAUCGCGGGGCACGGGCUGCCGGCCGUGCAGAUAUAAUAUUGCCUUGUCAAAUGCAACUAACAAGGAGUAGGUAGAUUGCUCUCCUUGCUUAACAACCAUGUGUGAAACUGAAUGCUAAUGAUUUCAGCUGCUUUUUUGAAGUGCGAUGUUUCAAAAUGUUACAGAAGCAAAAAAGUUUAUUGGUAAAUCUCUUCAGCCAGCACGACCUGUGCAUCAACUGUCUUCUAAACAAGCAUCACCCAUUGCUUUAAACAUUCGGACUGAAUUACCCAGCAGCACUGAAGUAUGUUUGCAGAGUAAGGUUAACUGGUCAUCUGAAAUGACUGAAGUGAAGAUCUUAACUCAAACUGUGAUGCUCUGCCAACCAAAACAACAUGAAUCAGGAGCAAAAAAAGAAAGGAUCCAAUACAGCAGAGAUUUCCUUCUGAAGCUUUCAAAUGUUUCUCUCUCUCAGAAGAAACCAGAGUUUCUUCCUGAUCACCCAAUUGUACUUGAGAAGCCAGUAAAGAACAAACCUUUCAUUGACAUCUGCAAGAAGUGACAUGUUGUUUGGAAGAUCUGAAGUCUGUCAAUGAGGGAGCUACAUUUGAUGUAGGUCUUCAAGAUUUUUGAAGGUACUUGGGUGCCUGCAGAUGGAAGUACGACCCUGUGAAACCUAUGAAAAUGCCUGUUUCUUCCUGUAAUUGCCUGAAUGCUUUAAGAGACAAACCUUUAAUUUGUAAUGCCUGAAAUGGUAAUAUGAUUAAAGUGAAAAUAAAUAAUUUUACAUAUUGGUGUGGCAGAAUUUUGUCAUUGAAUUGUUUGUGUUAUGUAGCCAUGUAUUUUGCCUGACCAUAAAUUCUAAAUAAAUACUUGACUGGGACUUUUUGCUUGCUCCCAACUCUCUUCCUCAGAAGUAAAGAUGU